UAGAGAGAGAGAGAGAGAGAGGCCCACUUAGAUUUCAGUAGCUUUUUGCAGGUUUUGUUCCUUGGUUUUGGAUUUUUCGGACAUGCCCUCUGUCCAAUUGGCUUGUUUUCCCUCCUUAUUUCCUUAGGAUUCUCAGGAAUAAAGUACGUGAUUUCUUUUGUGGGCUGUUGGGUAUUUCUAAUUUUCAUGGGAGAUAUGUGAUUACAUGAAGUGGGUAUUGGUUUUUCUUCCCAUUUCCUCUAAAAAAUAUGACAUUUCUUGAGGUGGUUCAACCCUCAAGUCUGAAUCUUCUGAAGAAGGGGGUGUUUUCUUGAGAGGGACACCAUAUGGGUUCUGUUGAAGACAAGGUCAAAACAAGGGGGUUGGUUUCUGGGGCACACACUUUAUUGGAGGACAUGAAAUUGUUAAAGGAAAUGCAGGAUCAUUCUGGGGUUCGCAAGCUGAUAAAUUCGGAGCUAUGGCAUGCGUGUGCUGGCCCAUUGGUGACCUUGCCUCAGGUUGGAAGCCUUGUUUAUUAUUUCCCACAAGGACACAGUGAACAGGUGGCAGUUUCCACAAAUAGAACUGCAACCUCACAUAUCCCUAACUAUCCAAAUCUCCAGUCUCAGCUGUUGUGCCAAGUUCACAAUGUUACUCUACAUGCGGACAAAGAAACAGAUGAGAUCUAUGCCCAAAUGAGCCUUCAACCUGUCAGCUCUGAAAAAGAUGUCUUCCCUAUACCCGAUUUUGGUCUAAAGCCCAGUAAACAUCCAACUGAAUUCUUCUGCAAAACUUUGACCGCUAGUGAUACAAGUACACACGGUGGCUUCUCGGUGCCUCGUAGGGCAGCAGAAAAGCUCUUUCCACCAUUGGACUAUUCAAUGCAACCACCAACUCAAGAGCUCGUUGUUCGUGACUUGCAUGAUAAUACCUGGACAUUUCGUCACAUAUACCGCGGGCAGCCAAAGCGACACCUUCUCACUACUGGCUGGAGUAUGUUUGUUGGUGCAAAGAGGCUUAGAGCAGGUGAUGCUGUUCUGUUUAUAAGGGAUGAAAAAUCACAACUAUUGCUGGGUGUGAGGCGUGCAAAUCGUCAGCAAACAGCUUUACCAUCAUCAGUCCUAUCUGCCGAUAGCAUGCACAUUGGAGUCCUUGCUGCCGCGGCCCAUGCUGCUGCUAAUCGAAGCCCAUUUACAAUUUUCUAUAAUCCAAGGGCAUGCCCUUCAGAAUUUGUCGUUCCUUUGGUCAAGUAUCGAAAAUCUGUAUAUGGCACGCAACUCGCAGUUGGUAUGAGGUUUGGAAUGAUGUUUGAAACAGAGGAGUCAGGCAAGCGCAGAUAUAUGGGUUCAAUUGUUGGUAUUAGCGAGUUAGAUCCGCUAAGAUGGCCCGGUUCCAAAUGGCGCAAUCUUCAGGUAGAGUGGGAUGAGACUGGCUGCGGUGAAAAACAGAAAAGAGUGAGUCCAUGGGAAAUUGAGACUCCGGAAAGUCUCUUCAUUUUUCCGUCUCUGACUUCAAGCUUCAAACGACCUCUACAAAGUGGCUUUUUCGGAGAACAAAAUGAAUGGGAGAGUCUGGCAAAGAGGCCUUUCAUCCGAGUUCCUGAAAACCUAACUGGUGAUCUUCCAUAUCCUCCCUCGAUUUCAAGCCUAUGGUCAGAACAACUGAUCAAGAUGCUAAUAAAACCGAGCGCUAACAAUCCCGGAACUGUUGCUCCCAUUCAAGACUCCGCUGCUAAAGGAUCUUCGUUGCAAGAGGCUACGACUAUGACACAGGUGAUGACCAAGCAAAGACCUCAGGUCAUCCCGCCUGAUAAUAUUUUGUCAGAAAGUGAAAACCGUCCUCAAAUCCACCUUGACCAAUCCAAUCCCAUAAACCCAAACUUUGCACAGCUGCAAGCUCCAGAAAAACUAGGAAAUCAAUUGCCAUACGGGUCAAGCACUCAAGUGUCAAAAGUCGAACCCAUACUUUCAUCGGCUCAGUUAAGCCAGUUAACUUCUACGGGGCCAUGCAACGAAGACAAACUGGCUUCAAACACUACGAUUCCACAGAAUCUUGUAAAUCAGUUGACAUUCCUCAACCAGAACCAUUGUUUGUCACAGUUGCAGACUAGUCCUUGGCUCAUGCAGUCACAGUUCGAAUCAUUGGCAGCCCACCCUCAGCAGCUUGAUGCUCACCAAUUAGAGUGUACUAAUUUCAAUGGUUUAAUUCCAUACCCUGACAUGAAUGAUUGGAAUUUGAACGCUGCUAUUCUCAGGUCGCCCGGACCUUCAUCGGUGUUUGGAAAGCAAGAAUCUUCAGUGGUGUUUUCGGAAACCGUUAAGCCCACUGUAACCUCAGUGGGCCACGAAACGUGGGAUCACCAGCUGAAUACUUUACGGUGUUUGUCCCAGACAACCCAACUCGCUCCUUUACCUCAGCAAGAUCUUUAUAGUCUUCAGUGUAGAUCUAAUCCAAAUGGGUUGAAAGAUUUGUCGGAUGAAAGCCAUAACCAAAGUGACAUAUAUAGUUGUCUUAACUUUGAUGGUAGCAAUGGUGGAAGCACAGUGAUUGAUCCUUCUGUUUCAAGCGUGACCAUCUUGGACGAGUUUUGCACGUCAAAAGAUGGUGCUUUUCAAAAUCCCUCGGAUUAUUUAAUUGGGAACUUCAGUUCAAGUCAGGAUGUUCAGUCCCAGAUUACAUCAGCUAGCCUAGCUGACUCUCGGGCAUUUUCUUUGCAAGAGUUCCCGGAUAGCUCAGGCGGUGCUUCUUCAAGCAAUGUGGAUUUUGAUGACAGUGGCCUUUUGCAGAACAACGCAUGGCAACAAGUGGCUCCACCAGUACGAACCUAUACAAAGAUUCAAAAGGCUGGAUCUGUUGGUAGGUCAAUUGAUGUAUCGAGUUUCAAGAAUUACGAUGAACUGCUCUCUGCCAUUGAGUGCAUGUUUGGACUCGAGGGGCUGCUCAAUGACAGAGGUUCUGGCUGGAAACUAGUGUAUGUGGAUUUUGAGAAUGAUGUUCUACUUGUUGGGGACGAUCCAUGGGAGGAAUUCAUUAGCUGUGUCCGCUGCAUACGAAUUCUAUCACCAUCUGAAGUUCAGAAGAUGAGUGAAGAGGGAAUGCAGCUUCUCAACAAUACCGCCAACAUGCAGGGUACUACCGUACUGAUAUCAGAAAGCGGCCGUGCUUGGGAUGCUCCUAACUGAUCCACUUCGGCCUUACCUGAUACAGAGGCUACCCUCUUGCUGCCUGCUUCAACAGCAGAGAUUGGUUGGUUGAUUUAUCUUUUGCUUGGCUGAUUCUGAAAAUUAAUUUGUGGCAUCUUAAUUGUCAUUAAAAGAGAACCUCGAGCAAGGCCAAGUGAUAGAGCUUUGUUUUAGAUUUGGAUUGUAGAGUUGGAAAAUUAUAUGUAUGAACAACGUUAGAUAUACAUUUUCCUAUGUACUAGUGUAUGAGAUUUGUCAUGAAGAGCCAAUUCAUGUAGCUCGUGAUCAUGCUUCUUUUGCUACGUGAUUUACCACUUGUCCAAACUGGAACAGACACAAAA